AUGACAGCCUACGAUCGAUCAUAUACGAUUCAAACGGCAAUCCCAAUACUCUUCUUACAGAAAUGGCAAGCCGUCAUUACCGAGAUUCGCACCAUUGGAGAGCUCCCAGUUGGGUUGAAUAUUGCAUCUUUCUACAUACUUCAGGUUCACUGUGCCGUUGCGCACAUACUCCAUGCCACCAGCGAGGGCGAGAAGAUCGAACAAGUACAACACGAACCUCCAGUGGUCCCCAAGACCACCCUUCCUACCAUGUCAAUGGUCCCCGGCUGGAAUUAUACCAGAAUACCUCACAACUGGCAGGACAAUGGCUAUUGGGUGCGGUUCAACCACACCACAGCGUUCCUGAAGUUCCAAACUAGCAUCCCAUAG